UGAAGCAUUCACGACUCUCCUGUGCUCAGCUCUGCUUUGUUCCUCCCCAGCCUUUGGGUGCAGCCCUGCUCUGCUUGUGCUCUCACACCGGGCUGCCUGAUACCAUCAUGUGUGCAGGGGACUGUGACAGCUCUUGGGGUGUGGGAGGGGACAUGGUGAUGCUGGACCAAUGGCAGGAUGCUGGUCGCCACGUCCGUGCCUCGCUGGUCCCAUCUGCUGUGGCUCAGAGCCAAGUUCUUUUUCUGUAAGAGCUAGCCUCACUUCUCUUUUGAACCCCAAGCCAGGGUGCAAAGACCACUCCAGAGAGUUUGGUGGAAGAUAGCAGGGCCCAGGACUUGUCUGCAUGGCCCAGGGAUUGCUCUACGCUGAUCUGAGGUUUGCCAAAGGGCCAGGGGGCCGUGGAAUGGCCAGCCAGGCACUGGAGGCAGCCCUUGGUAUGGAUGAGGCUGAGAGUCCCCAUGAGAACACCACACCGGAGCUGCCUGUGGGGACAGCAGGGGAAGGGGCCUGGCGCAGUCCAGGGUGCUGGUCCUGCUGGCGUUGUGUCCCUGCGGGGCUGCUGGCUGUCAGUCUGCUGCUGCUGGUGGCCUCUCUGGUGCUGGGGGCCUGCUACUGGCAGGUGACUCGACAGCUACAGGACACAUCCCUGGAGCAGGCGGCCGAGCGUGGCCGCUUCUCACAGGAGGUGCAGGUGAGGGACCAGAGCCUGGAGAAGAUGCGGCAGGAGCUGGCACGAGUGCGAGAGGAGCUGCAGCAAGCAUGGCAGGAGGGCAACAACAGCCGUCGGGAGCUGGGCAGGUGGGAGGCAGAGCUGGAAUAUGUCUCAGGGACCCUGGCUGCAACUCAAAAGGAGCUGAACAGUGUGCAAGGAAGGUUGAAUGCUAGCGAGAGCACUGUGACCCUGCUGCGUUCCUGCACGGCUAUAGACUGCUGCCCCUCAGGCUGGCUGCUCUACCGGGGCAAGUGCCUCUUCAUCUCAACGGAAAAGAAGACGUGGGAUGACAGCAGAGCAGAGUGCGAGGAGAAAUACUCUCAGCUCCUGAUCACCAAAUCCUGGAGUCGCUGGACUGUGCCGAGCUUCCUGAAGAAUGCAGACGUUGCGUACUGGAUCGGGCUGCAGAAGAGCAAGUACCCCUGGUACGAAUAUGACUGGCUGGAGGAAGGGGAUGCAGAUGAUGAAGGGUUGGCGGAUGCCUGGAUCUGGGUGGACGGCUCGCUCUAUGAGAGACCCUGGCAGCCGAAGUCCAACGGGUCAUGUGCCGUCAUCAGCCGUGGGAACAUCAAAGCGGCACCAUGUGAGGGGCCAGAAGACCUGCAGCUCUGGAUCUGUGAGAAGGCAGCAGGGCCCAGCUCCCCGUUCAUGUGAUGAGAGCAGUGACACGGCCAGCUCGCCCCACGGUGCACAAGGAAGGCAGCAAAGGGGAAAGAUGGGGAAAACCCCAUCCCAGCCCCACUGAGCACAUCCUUCCCUUUCAGCGCCCGCAUCCUCUCUGCUUCAGCUUUCACGCAGCACAGGAGCCCAAGGACGGAGCUACUGCCGGCAUUGACAUUUGGGUGUUACUGCUGAUUAGAGAGUAGAGCAGUGACCUUUAGGACGGCACCACGUGGCUCCCAAAGCAACAGCAGCAUCCAGCACCAGACACUUAGUAAGACAAGACAUGGGGAAUUUAAAUAGCUGCCACGCAUGUGCAGAAUGGCCCCGACUUAUGUUCAGCCUGGCAAGAGCAGAGGAAGUUGUGUUCUAUUAUGGGGUUGCGCGUGCCAUAUUUAGUUGAUUAACUGAUAUGUAAAUCUUUUGCUUGAAGAGCACAGGGCUGUUAAAGGCAUUUUAGAGGUGUAUGUGUUGCUCUGCGUUGUCUGCUGGCUGACUCCAUACUGUAGCAAAUAAAGAGACACGGCUUGUC